GGCGGGUCCUUGGCGCUUCUACUGCAAACUUGGAACGGGCUUGUCUCCACAUCGGAUUUCAAAAUUCGCUUACGCCCCGAAAGCCCUCAAGCUUCGACUACACGCUUUGCUCCAUCGCACUUACAAAUUCCUUCCCUCGCACGAAUCCUUCCCUUUGAUGGACGCUUUGUUUCCGAAGCGCAAGAGCUCCGUGUCGAGCGUGAAGGGUAGCAAAGCCCUAUCUGCUGCGUCGUACAAAAUCAAGGAUCCCGUAUAUAGUGCGCAAGAUGACAUAGGCUCUGGUGCUGGUACUCUUGGAGCUGCGGAUUCACAGCCUGCUGCCCUAGUGUCAUCUGGAAGGAAAGACUUGCAUGAAGAAUGUGACGAUGUGGAGGAGAUUUUGAGACAGUUCGAUAUGAACAUGGCCUACGGUCCAUGUUUAGGAAUUUCCCGCCUGGAGCGGUUUGAACGGGCCUGUCGGUUAAAUCUCAAACCACCUAUGGAUGUGAAGAAUCUUUUAAUGCGCGCGGGAGGCAACCCCAACGCUCUUUGGGAGGGACGAGUCUGAGUGAUGAAUGUAAUAUCCUCUAUCACCCAACAGAAGUUUCAAAGAUCUUUACACUCGGUGAGACAUGUACGAUCUACGAUUUCAUGUGUUAAAAUCAUGAUUCGUUAAGUUACCCUGCUGUGAUUUCCUCAGCCAAAAUAUUGUGAACGUUUUGUAAACAAUAAUGUGGCGGUUAGGAUUUGUCUACUUCCGCUGGCUGUGGAGAUAGCGCUUGAUUUAGAUUGCCGGAUUCUUUAUCCUAAUGUCCAAGAAUGUCAAAUCAGGACUCUUGUUUCGGAGUUGAUCCCCGUCACGUGUACAGUUUGGAAGUGUAAGAUAUUCAUUCUACUUCCGUGAAUUUUUACAGAUUACAUUCAUUCUGCAGCUAUUGUCGUUACUGUAAUGGGCUAUGAAAUACCGUGCUCAGAGCUAUCUGCUACUAUUUGUCGUAUAUAUCAGGUUGGAGUUCAUUUUAGUGCAGUGAAGAAACAAUAUUUAUUACAUAUUUUAACACUUUCCUUAAAACAGUUUGAUAAGACUUCUUUGGAAAAAAUA